GUACUAUAGCAUUGGUCGCCAGCCCCUGCAGGCUGUGUUCCGGGAAACUGCUCACAGUAAAUGCAGCGGCGAUAACAAAUACUACGAAAGGCAACCAGUCAUAAUACUGACAAUCCCUACCUGUCAGCUAUGUCUUACCAUGAAAAGGUCGUGGCCACGCUGCUCCCAACGACUGCCAGCUGUAAUCGUCUAGCUACCCCCUAGACGCACCCUGAGCCGCUUCGCUAAGCCGGGAAGUACCACAUUGCCUAUUGUCAUUCUCACUCACUAGGAGACCGACGGGGAAGGAAGGUCACGAAGGGUCUCAGUCCGCCUCUUUGGGCCGGAGAAAAAAAGGCCGAAUGAGAAGAACGACGCGUGUUUUUUAUUUUUAAACAGCCGUCUAAUAAGGGUGCCAGGAUUUAACUUGCUUUGUGUUUUGGAGUGUGGUUAAAUUCAUUUGGAUCUGAAAAUAAACCGACAGGAUAUAGGUGGUCGCACGGCGACAGACGAAGAGUGAAAACAAGCGGCAGAAAAAAAAAACACAAAGCGGGAGAAAAGCAAAAUCAAAGGGAGCGAGGCCUCACGGGGCAAGAUGGCGACAGCGGCGGGCCCCGGCAACUCCACAGGUUCAGUUGCCCGGAAGCUGACUGCCUCUGAGAUUCCAGGGUCCUCUGGACUACAUAAAGAACACACUAUAAAAAGGAUUGGACACAGAGGUGUUGAUCAUACUGGAGAAACUACUUAUAAAAAAACCACUUCUUCAGCUCUGAAAGGUGCUAUUCAACUUGGCAUUGCACAUACUGUGGGAGGCCUUGCCCAAAAAGCUGAGCGAGAUGUUCUGAUGCAGGAUUUCUAUGUGGUUGAAAGCACUUUCUUUCCUGGGGAAGGCAGCAAUCUAACUCCAGCUCAUCAUUAUGGAGAUUUUCGUUUCAAGACCUAUGCACCAGUGGCUUUCAGAUAUUUUAGGGAACUUUUUGGGAUUAGACCCGAUGACUAUUUGUAUUCAUUAUGCAAUGAGCCUUUAAUAGAGUUGUCAAAUCCAGGUGCCAGUGGCUCAGUUUUUUAUGUCUCCAGUGAUGAUGAAUUUAUAAUCAAGACUGUACAGCACAAGGAAGCAGAGUUUUUGCAGAAACUUUUGCCAGGAUAUUAUAUGAAUCUAAACCAGAACAAGCGCACACUGCUUCCAAAGUUUUAUGGGCUUUACUGCAUGCAAGCAGGAGGAAAGAAUAUCCGUCUUGUAGUCAUGAACAAUUUGCUACCCCGCUCUGUGCGAAUGCACCUAAAGUAUGAUCUCAAAGGCUCUACCUACAAGCGCAGGGCUUCAGCCAAAGAACGUGAAAAGAAGUUGCCUACUUUCAAGGACCUGGACUUUAUUAAUGACAUUCCUGAUGGACUGUUUCUUGACGCAGACAUGCAUAAUGCCCUCUGCAAGACCAUCCAGCGGGACUGUUUGGUACUACAGAGCUUCAAGAUUAUGGAUUAUAGUCUCCUUGUGGGAAUUCAUAACUUAGAUCAAGCCCAACGAGAAAAGGAAGCUGAAGCAAGUCUUGGCCGGCCGGAUGGUGGUGGUGCACAAGAUCGACGGAAACCUGUGGGGCAAAAGGCACUUUACUGCACAGCAAUGGAGUCAAUCCAAGGAGAAGGCUGUGCAGGAGGUAGCAUUGACACAGAAGACCAAAUGGGAGGUAUUCCAGCCAGAAACUCCAAAGGAGAGCAGUUGCUUGUCUAUAUUGGAGUCAUUGACAUUCUUCAAUCAUAUAGGCUUGUUAAGAAGUUGGAACAUUCAUGGAAAGCACUUGUUCAUGAUGGAGACACUGUGUCAGUGCACAGACCAGGUUUCUACGCAGAAAGAUUUCAAAAGUUCAUGUGCACCACAGUCUUUAAGAAAAUCCCAUUGAAACCUUCACCCUCAAAGAAGAGUCGACGUGGUGGCCAAGCUGGUACCAGAAGAAAUCCUUCAGGGGCUGCUAGCACUUCAGCUCAUGCUCAGUCACAGCUGGAUGCAAAAGCAGUAUAUUAUAGCCAUUAUCAGCAGGUUACAACUGAAGCAGAGGUAGAGCACAGCAUGCAAUCUGGACGCCCUGACUUGCUCCCACGGACACUUCCUUUAGACGAAGUCACCAGUAACUUAGCAGAAAUGAAACUUGAUGUUUCAUCGGGCAAUUCUGAGUUGAUAUCACCCACUCAAAGGUCAGUAGGUGUAGAGGUUCACAAGUCUGAAAGCAUAGAGCUUAAUGACACCUCAAUGGAUAGCCAAGCUAGAAGUGAUUUAUCAGUAAAUCAUGAUGACCUUUACAAUCAGGAUGCAGUUUCACUGAAUGACAUUAUGCCUGAAACAAAUAUCAGCUUUAUGGUGCUUGAAAGUACUAUGGUUUGUGUGGACAACAGUGAAUACAUGCGUAAUGGAGACUUCCUUCCAACACGUCUACAGGCACAACAGGAUGCUGUCAAUAUUGUAUGCCAUUCAAAAACGCGCAGUAAUCCAGAGAAUAAUGUAGGACUAAUUACACUUGCCAACAACUGUGAAGUACUAACAACUCUUACCCCAGACACUGGGCGCAUCCUGUCCAAGCUGCAUGCUGUCCAGCCUAAGGGGAAAAUCAGCUUUUGCACAGGAAUCAGAGUGGCACAUUUGGCUUUGAAACACAGACAAGGAAAAAAUCACAAAAUGAGGAUUAUAGCCUUUGUGGGAAGUCCCGUAGAAGACAAUGAGAAAGAUCUUGUGAAAUUGGCAAAACGCUUGAAAAAAGAGAAAGUCAAUGUAGACAUUAUUAAUUUUGGCGAAGAGGAGGUGAACACAGAAAAACUGACAGCAUUUAUAAAUACUCUGAAUGGAAAAGAUGGGACAGGCUCUCACCUAGUCACUGUACCACCUGGUCCGAGUCUUGCUGAUGCUCUCAUAAGUUCACCAAUCCUUGCUGGUGAGGGUGGUGCAAUGUUGGGUUUGGGAGCCAGUGAUUUUGAGUUUGGAGUAGACCCAAGUGCCGAUCCUGAACUUGCUUUGGCCCUGAGAGUGUCUAUGGAAGAGCAGCGACAAAGACAAGAAGAAGAAGCACGGCGUGCUGCAGCUGCUUCAGCAGCAGAGGCUGGCAUUCCAACAACUACUGGUGAUGAAUCAGAUGAAGCCCUUCUGAAGAUGACUGUUAGCCAGCAAGAGACAGGAAGCACCGGCCUACCUGAUUUCAGUAGCAUGACAGAGGAAGAACAGAUUGCAUAUGCUAUGCAGAUGUCUCUUCAAGGGGCAGAAUUUGGACAGGCUGAAAGUGCUGACAUGGAUACCGGAGCUGCUAUGGACACCUCUGAACCAAACAAGGAGGAAGACGACUAUGAUGUUAUGGACCCAGUGUUUUUGCAGAGUGUGCUGGAGAACCUUCCUGGUGUUGACCCCAACAACGAAGCCAUCCGUAAUGCUGUGGGAUCUUUAGCAUCACAGGCCACAUCCAAGGAUAGCAGUAAAAAAGAAAAGGAUGAAGAGAAAAAGAAAUAACUUUUUAAUGUUUCUUUGUAUUUUUGGGAAGGGAGUGACACGGUUUGUUUAAAGGUAUAGGUGUCAUGACCCUUCAAGAACAUGUGGACAUUCUCUUUAAUGACACCUAACUGCCCCAUCUCUUGGUGCCCAUUUGUUACAGACUACAGCAGCUGCACAGUUCUCUUUCAUGCUGGUUUUUUUUUUUUUUUUUGCUAAAUACCAUCUUUCUUCUGUUGUGGUUUUUUUUUUUUUUUUUUUUUUCAUGCAGAACCUAAAUAAUUGACGUUUAUAAAGUACACAGUUUUAGGUCUUCAAGUGGAAGGGAAAUGUUAACAUUCUGCCAAGUGUAAAAUAUCUGCUUCAUAGCAAAUGUGUAAACUAGAAUGUCAGAAGUGAAUGCCCUUGAUAUCUAUCACAACUUAGCAGCACUACCUCUUUCAUAAAAGCUUUUUUAUAGCUAAUCAAGGAUUUAAUUUUGAUCAUUUAAAUAAUGUUCCUCCAGUAUAUAAAGUAAAAUACCACAUUUUCAUUUACUUUUGUUUCUGGUGUGAAAUGACUUUGGUUUUGCCCUCUGGAUUAAUUAUUUCUGCUAAGUUAUCCAGAUAUUAUUACAUCAGGUGUGUUUUACAAGUUCCAUAAAUCGGUGCAGUGGAAAACUUGACACCUAAAGACACUAAAACCAAGGUACAUAAUUGGAAUUUCUAAGAGAGGCAGAUGGCAGUACAGCGAUACAUGCUCAGUAUUUUUGCCGUUCAUCAAGUUUAUUGUGUUUUAUUUCCCUCUACCAACCCUCUUUUUUUUUUUUUUUUUUUUGCAUACAGUGGGCCCAUAUUUACCUGAAAGGUAUGAAAGUGUACCAGUCAUGAAUUUUGAAGCCAAGAUAUUACAGGCAACUGUGUAUAUAAAUAUAUAUAGAAAGAGAGAGCAUUCUGACAUUUAGUUAAAUCUAAUACAUAUUGCCAUUGCUAAAAGAAAAUUAAACUAUGUACACAAACUAUUUGCUUACUUCUUUUUAUAUGGAUAUUGUAGAAUAUAAAAAUAACUCCACAUUUAUAUGCACUUAGUGUAGAAAAAAGCUGAGAUAUGUCUGGGUAUGAGUUUGAAGAAUCAUUUGCUUUGGACCUUAAUUGAAAAAUGUACUUUGCUCAUUGUACCCACAGCACUAUUGAUGGGAUUAAGUGAUGCCUUCCUUCCCUCCAUUUACAAAUUAAACUGUUCAUAAUGAUUGUUAUGUAGGCCUGGCUGAUAUCCUCUUAAUAUACUGAGAGUGCAGCCCAACAUUAAGUGGGUCUUAUUAAUUCAUUUUUUUGUUUUUUUUUCUGGUUAACAUUUUUUAUACUGGCCACAAAAUAAUUCUGCCGAUAGUUGGGGAUUGAGACCUGAGGUCUUUCUCUUAGUCUUGACUGUAUAUGAUCUGGAAAUGUUGAACAAAGACUGAGAGUGUGUGUGUGUCCAUUGUCAAGCUUAAAAAAAUGAAAUUAAAAUAAUUAAGCAAAACAA